AUUUUUUUUUAACUGUAAUCUACCAUUUCAUCACUUCUCUAGCAUCCCUCGUUUGACACUCCCGGCAAAGUGUGCAACACCAGAACAAGAGAAAGUCAUUAAAAAUGACAACUUCAUCUUCUUCCAUCAGAGCAUUAGGCUCAGUUCUUCAGAGACUUUCAAAUGGAACAACAACUCCAUUAAAAUCCCAUUCUUCCUCUUCUUCAAUUCACUGGAAUGGUAGGAUUUGGAAAAGACUUUCAUCAUCUUCUUCAUCAAAUUUAUGGGGGGCACAUAUGCCCUCAUCUCAUGAAUGUUAUUAUCCAUUAGAUUCUGUAAGAAAGAUUUGGACUUUCUCUCCUCUUUGCAUGGGUAGACGUUCGAGUAAAAUUGCUACAAGAAAGGGAGCUCAAGAUCUAAAGAAGGCAAAGCUAUAUGCAAAGAUCGGCAAGGAAGUUAUAUCUGCUGUGAAGAAAGGAGGUUCUAGUCCUGUAUCGAAUACAGCUCUGGCUGCCGUGUUGACAAAGGCCAAAGAGCUUGAUGUUCCAAAGGAGAUUGUUGAGCGCAACAUUAAGAAAGCUUCUGAGAAGGGACAAGAGGCAUUUAUUGAGAAAGUCUAUGAGGUGUAUGGAUAUGGUGGGGUUGGCUUUGUUGUUGAGGUCUCAACGGAUAAGGUUAACAGAUCUGUGGCAGCUAUCAGGGAGGUGGUGAGGGACUGUGGUGGGAAGAUGGCAGAUUCUGGUUCUGUUGUUUUUAGGUUCAAACGUGCUCGUGUGGUAAAUGUAAAAGCCAAUGAUGCUGACAAAGACCAGCUUCUUGGAAUUGCCUUGGAUGCUGGUGCUGAGGAUGUGAUUGAACCCCCAGAUCAUGAAGACGACUCUGAAGAAGAUGAUUUUGAAAGGUACUAUAAAAUUGUUAGUUCACCGGAAAAUUACUCUGCAAUACUAUCAAAGAUUCGUGACGAGGGAAUAAAUUUUGUGCCUGAUAAUGGAUUCGAACUACUUCCAGUCACCCCUAUUGAGGAGUGAGAAAAUGUGGUGAGGAAGACGCUAAGUGUAUCUCUCCAGACAUCUAUCAGACAAACUGUUUUGGCCAAUGCCAAAUCAGAAAAGUUUGAGGAAUCAAAGAUAUCCUUGUAUAUUCUGCUUCGAUAUGACCGAAUCCAUAUGUGUAUGCAUUGUUAGGAUGAUCCACCCAUCUGCUUGGCUAUGGUGUGGGAUUGAGGUGCUUUUCAUAUUGAAGCUGAGAAAGGAAGUUCUGCUGCAAAGUGUUUUAUAUUUUGAAACUUGAGAUUGGUAGAACUUCCUCCUUCCCUUAUCAAAUUUCACUUCUGCUCCCUAAUAUCUCACUGCUUCAUGCCCAGCACAUGAGGGGUGAUUAUUAAAUCUCUUGUAUCGACCAUGACUCAUGACUAUUUGAUGAACUUUUAGUAAUCUGAUCCCCAUUAUUGGAAAGAAUUAUCAUGAUUUCAACAGAUCUUUGAGCGUGGUUAGAAGUGAAAAGGAUAUUAUAAUAUAUAUAAUUAGAUUUUGCAUAAUCAUAUUGUAGAAACGUGAGAAGCUUGGCAGAGUUUCAUUGUAUGCAUGACGAUUGACGAAUGGGAAUUGAUGUGCUCCCAUUGGAGGCUGUGUUAAUAUUCUGUUCUGUUCAAAAGGAAGUGGCCUGUUAGAUGGCGAGAAAAGUAACUCGGUAUCCAAAUUGGCUUAUCUGCUUAGAAGUGGUUGGUUUGAACUAAGAAGUGCAAUAAUUAUGCUUGUUUUGUUUCUUCUUAUGUGUUCAAGUAGGAGAAAGCACUUGCUCUGAGUGUUUGAAAGAAAGUGCUGGAGGAGGGGGGACGGGGGAGGGAAUAUCAUAUGUAGAAGGAUCUCUUUUCUUCUUUAUAUUUGCUUAAAAGUAACUACUAGGAAGCUGUGAUUUAAGGGUUGUUUUUCCUUCUUUUUUGUUGCUUAUGAAGCAAAGAGUCCGUUGUUUUUCUAUUAGCCUAAACAACUAGUGGCUUUUUGAUAGCAGGUAAUAAAUAAUAGUAAUGGUAAGAAUUUUUUGGUAAUUUAUUAAAGAAAGUCUCAUCGUAAUGCAUAUAGGAACGGAACUAUAUCCCAAAACAAGGUUUUUUUCUUUGUAAAUUUCCAUUACUGCUCAAUAGUCAAUACCACCCCUAAAGCGGGGAACUAUUUGGGAAUGGGCCAUGAAGGGUGACGUUUUUAAUCCGGUACGUCCAUGCCUGUUUUGUUCAUCUAUUAUCUCCAUCAUCUCCUUCUAUAUAUUACAUCUUCUAUGUAUGCUAAACUUGCCGUAGGCCCUCAUGGCACAAUGAUAUUAAUAGUAAAGAUAGGUUCAAUGUGAUGAAAAGGGGGCUUGGAGCUUGGAAGGUCAAUAUAUAUUACAAGUAGUCAAGACCAGCCCAACAGUUGUUUUACUUUCUUAGGCAAGUCCUAUCAUAGUUACAUAUAUAUAGGGAAAGACUCUUGUGAGAACACUCCCCUCA